AUGACAACCAACCAUAGACCGACACUAGAAAGUAAAAAGGGUAAAAACAUAGCCAUACGAGAUUCAAUAGUGCAUGCGAGAUCUUUCCCACAACUGCAAAAUCUCAAACUAAGAUCAGACAUACCAUCUGCGACAUUGGACGAUGCAGUGAAGGAGUUGAAGACCGGAAAACGAGACGACGGAGGGCUUCUGGAUAGGAGCACUCGGUAUUUGGAGAUUGACAGAAUAGGAACCGAGCUGGAAGAGGUGAUUAACAAGGACGCAAGUGAUGAUGAGGGAGAGGGAGAUGUAGAUCUCUCGGAUAACCCAUUCAAGAAGGGGCUUGUGGCUAGCCGUCGCAAAAGGAUACGCGAGGAUAGCAACGACUCGGAGUCACAGAAAAGUGGACCCACAACUAGCCUGGGCAAAUAUGAAGGGAAAGAAGACACUGGCAUCUCGAUUGAACUGCGAAAUAUUGAAGACGAGAAUGAUGUAUCCUCUUCUUUGAAGAAGUCUAAGUUGGAUUCAAAGUCUGGCACUGCUAACCAAGUAGAGGACACGCUACGUGACCAAGUGAAAGGAAAUGACGAUGAUGAUGAUGAGGAAGAAGAAGAAGAAGAAGAAGAAGAAGAAGAAGAAGAAGAAGAAGAAGAUGUCGAUGAUCAGGAAGAUAUGGCGGCUUUAGUUGCCGAAAUUAAUAAGAUCAAGCAAGACAAGUCGAGUAAAGAUUCAAACCCACCACUAUUGGCAACACAUCCUUCAAUAGCACUAGACAAACCACUUUAUCAACAAGAGCCCAUUGCAAAAAGAACUGGAUGGAGGAAACUGACAAAGAAAUUCAACCAACUGAAUCAAGAUGAAAAAACCACCUUUGCCACAGACUCGAUUAGUUCACAAUAUCAUCAAGAGUUUCUAUCAAAGUACAUCCAGUGA